GAAAAAAAAACUCGGUCUCCUUCCCGUCCCUUCUUUGCUUCCUCCUUCCUCCCCCGACGCCGCCACCAGGGGCGACCGUGAUGGCGACGAGCGCAAGCGGCGCGCCAUGGCCGCCCUCCUCAACCCCACCUCCACCUCCACCUCUUCCUCUUCCUCCGCAUCCUCCUCCUCCUCCUCCUUCCUCUCCCCUUCCCUUCGGCGGCGGCGGCGGGGCGCCAGGCGACCCCUCGGUGUGCGGCGCGGCUGCCUGGAUGGCCCAAGCGGUGGCUGGCUCUUGCACGACGCGGGAGCGGAGGUGCUCGAGAGCCUCGCUACUGCCCCCGACCUACCGGAGCAAUCUGCUCCGGGGAUCUACUACCCACGACGCGGUAGCUGGCACCAUCUUGUCGCCGCGACCGGAUCUAGAUUGUUGCUUACACUACAAAGUUCAGAACUGGAUAUAUGGACCAUUGUCGCAGUGGUUCUUUUAUGAUUAGCGCAGAGGGAGACCCACCUCCGCAACAAGAGCCCCUGCUACCGAGAGUACUCCGACCCCUACCCCGAGCCCCCACGCUAAACAAGCGACAGAGAGAGAAAAAAUCC